AAUAUCAAGUACAUGUUACGCUAGUCGUGAGAUAUACGGGGUAUACUUGUCCUCAUAAAAAUGCAAGUAUAAUAGAGCCUCACACAAAGAGACACAUCCUUUGAUUUUCAAAGAAACAGAGGGGACCCAAUACCCAUCUGCUCCUCCUCUUCUCCACUGGUAGUAUUACCAUUUUCAAAAUCUCUCCACUCCCCAAAAUACACCACAAAACAAAGCUGCUACAUACAAAAUCAAGAUUCCUCAAUUGUGGUUUUGUACCGGGUAAUAAAGAUCCCAUUUUCGGCAAAACACAACUGCAGUAAUCUCAUAAAACCAACAUGCCUUCUGGUGCCAAGAAGCGAAAAGCUGCUAAGAAGAAGAAGCAAGUUCAAGAAAUACAGCCCCCUUCUCGCUCUCAUGGUGAGGAGGUUUUGAAACGUGACGAUAAAGAGAGUGAUAGUGAGGGCAGUUCACCAGCAUCACAAGAUUAUCAGAAUCGCGAAAAUCAGUUUGCGGAAGGGGAGGUUGAAAAUGUGGAGAAGCAAUUGGAUGAUUCACGUGAUCGGUCUAUUGAUGAGAACCAAUCCAAUGGGGUGAAACAUCAUGAAGGCAAGGAAGUGGAGAUUGUCGGAAAUGAAGAUGGAGGUCGUGUUCAGGUUGAAAGGGAAUUGAAGGUUGAGGGUGAAUCUGAGAGCCAGAAGAUAAAUGUUGAGUUUGUUGAACCCGUGGUUGAGUCUUACAGAGGAGGGUUGCGAAGGAGUUUCAGUAGCGGCAGUAGCAGUAGUAGAAGCAGCUCAGAAGAAAAACAUGAUGUUGCUGAUAAGAACAAUAUUGUGGUUGAUGAUGCACCAACUGCUGAAUUAGUGAAAGAUAUUGAAUCUCUGCUUGAUAAGACUAGUAUUGUGGUUGAUGAUGCGUCAGCUGUUGAAUUUGUUAAAGAUAUUAAAUCUUUGCCUGAUAAGAACAGUAUCGUAAUUGACGAUGCGCCAGCUGCUGAAUUAGUGAAAGAUAUUGAAUCUCUGCCUUUUAAGAAUUGUAUUGUGGUUGAUGAUGUGCCAGUUGUUGAAUUUGUGAAAGAUAAUAAAUCUUUGCCUGAUAAGAACAGUAUCGUGGUUGAUGAUGCUCCAGCAGUUGAAUUAGUGAAAGAUAUAGAAUCUCUGGCUCCUAAGAAUAAUGUUGUCGUUGAUGAUGCUCCGUCUGUUAAAGAUAAUGAAUCCUUGCCCCAUAAGAUUAGUGUUGUCGUUGAUGAUGCUCCACCUGUUGAAUUAGUGAAAGAUAGUGAGUCUUUGCCUGAUACACAAGUAGCUGAUAGCCUUGUGGGAACAACCUCUACAUCUGAUUUGGAUAAGACUGCAAUAUCAGAAAACAUAGUUCAAGUCACAACAAGUGCUUCAGCUGCUGAUAAUGUGAGCACAUCUACUGUUGAACCGGUGGUGAAGGAAAAAGGGGAAGAAAAUCUGUGUGUUGUGGAUGAGAAAGGUGCAGCUUCAGAUACCGUUGUGGACAAUUGCGAGGAAAAUUUUGGUGCUAUAGUUGAUAAAGCCACUAUUUCGGAAGUUCUGAUGGAGACAGGGUCAGAGAAAAGAAAUGAAGCAGUUAGUGCAGCGUCAUCUGAUGUUAGUGCAAUAUCAAAUGGCAAUUCUUUAGAAAAUACAGAUGCAAAGGCUUCUGCAACCCUAGAAAAUGAAGAAAAAAUAGAGGUACCCCGCAGUGCUCCUAAAAUUGAUGCCAGUGUUUGUGCAGAUAAUGUGAAAGAAUCUCCAGCUCUCGAAUGCCAUGACCGUCAGGUAACGGCAUUGCCUUCACGACCAGUGCAAACAACUUCCUGGAAGAAUUGCUGUGGCUUGUUUGAGUUAUUUGCAGGAUCAAAUAGAUGAAUUGAGAAUAAGAGCAUGAAGCUGCUUUGAUGGAGUAGCAACAUUUGGAAUUAUCAAAGUUUGAUGACUGCCUUCAUGCUCUUGAACAGAGUGUCUAUGCUGGGGCUUUGUUAUUGAAGCUUAUAUGUUCAGUAAUUCUAGUUUAGUUCGAAAAAGCAGCUUAGAACUUCUCGUUUCUUUGCUGCUUUCCUGGUGUUUUGCAGUGGUUAGUUCUUUUCUUGUAUGUUCUAUUGGUGUGAUGUACCUACUCCUCGCGAGUUGGAAGAGCCUUUUUUAUGUUUUUCGGUUGCACAUGAGACUUGAAUUGUUAUUCAUCAAAAUUUUACCAGCA